AUGUCGAAGUACGCUUCCGGCUAUGAGCUGACGCCGAUCGAACAAAACGGCAUGAGACAGUACAAACGUAUCGCCAUUAUUCUUCGUCUACUUCUAACGGAACAUGACUAUGAUAGGGAGACUCAGACGGUUCAGUGGGAGAUUCUAGAGGCCUUCAGGGAAGCCACAGAGGCGUGGCCAUUCCUUUGCUGCAGUGUUGGAGCGGAUAAAGAUGGGAAGUUGACACUGCUGGGCACGCCAGCCAUGAUUAUUAAGGAUGCGCAAUCUGAGCUGCUUGAUGCCCAUGGUCGUACCAGAAUCGACCCUAGAUUCGAAGAGAUGCGUUCACAGCUGGAUUCAAAUUCCUUGGGCGCUGAUUUCUUUCGCUCGGAAGCGGGAUUGAGUCUCACCACAGGGAUGCCAACAGUGAUGAUCAAGCUUUCUCUUCUGAGCCGCUGCCUUGUGGUGGGAUUUUCUUUCUACGAAGCCGUCUUUGACGGAGAGUUUAUUGGUCGGUUCUUUUCCCGGCUGAUUGACUUUACGUGGCAUCGCGGUGACAACAACGGCCAUAUUUGGGACCGGACGACGUUUGUUCCAUCGGCCGAUAUCGACCGAAAUAUGUUUUGUUUUUACAACUGGCGCUUAGAGCCACUGCCUCUGAUCACGCCAAAGGACAGACUGGUUUGUCGGCUUAUUGAAUUCAAAAAGGCCUUCGUGACGGAUCUGAUUGGACGUAUUCGACAGGAGGUAGGUAACUCCGCUCCUGGAUGCAAGGACGAAUACUCCGUUGUUGCCAUGCUGUGGGUUACAAUUGUACAUGCGCGGAUUUUGAAAGACAGGAUCGGGGCUUGGGACACUGCAAGGCUCAACAUCCUACUUCCUGGACAGCCGAACGCAACACGAGGGGAGGCGUAUGACUGGAAUUACUUUGGCAACUCGACGGUGCCCACUGUGGCCCAGCUCAGCGUUCCUCGUCUACUCUACUUCGCCAGCGACGACGGAUCCCAUGGUUUCCAGGGCGAGAUCGAGCCUAAAUACACCGUCAGAGGGCUCGCUGAUGCGGCUAAAGCAAUUCACUAUGCAAUCAACAAGGUGGACGGCACCUACGUGCGGCGUCUCAUGGGCGCCAAGAAGACCCUGCACCCCAGCCUCGACUUGGCGGCAUACAACCGGGGCAUCGACCGCCACAGGACCGGCAUGGUAUUCGAGGACUGGAGCGGCUACUCUAGCUACCAGAACCAGGUGAUCGGAACGCCGUACACGAGAGGCUAUGCGGAGGCAUUCCUGCCAUGCGCGGAUGACAAGGAGGAGGGCAAGAUUGUGUUGCUGCCGCAGCGGCGAGGCCCGGUUGCCAGCGAAGACGAGAUUGGCUGGGCGACGUGGGUUUGUCUAGACGUUGAGGAGAUGCCUCGUGUGCUGAGGCAGCUGAAUAGGCAGGGUUGGAUCAUGGGGGAAGCUGCUCCGUUUAGAAAUACGAGGAGAAGCCUGUAA